UGCACCCUCUGCAAACUUCAUCUCUAUCACUACAAAACCUUCUUUCACCGCUAUUUCAUCUCACUGUUUCAUCUUCAUUUCAUCUUCUUCUUCCUCACUCUCCAAUGGAGUCCAAACACACCCCCAAAAAGACUCCAAAUCUCACCACAAUCCUCCACCUCAUCCUCAUAACCACACUCACCCACAUAACACCCAUUCAAACCCAAUCAUGGGACGGCAUCAUCGUAACCGAAGCCGAUUUCCAAGCCCUCCAAUCCUUCAAACAAUCCUUAAUCGACCCAAACGGCUUCCUCAAAUCCUGGAACGACAGCGGCUACGGCGCCUGUUCCGGCGGCUGGCAAGGCAUCAAAUGCGCCCAGGGGCAAGUCAUCGUAAUUCAGCUACCUUUCCGAGGGCUUGGUGGUCAAAUCACAACCAAAAUUGGCCAAUUUCAAGCCCUUAGAAAACUCAGCCUCCAUAAUAAUAUUAUCACUGGCUCAAUCCCUAAAGAAUUGGGGCUUUUACCUAACUUAAGAGGCCUUCAGUUGUUUAAUAAUAAGUUUACUGGCUCAAUUCCUGCUUCUUUGGGGUUGUGUCCUUUGAUUCAGAGUAUUGAUUUGAGUAAUAAUUUGUUGACUGGUGGGAUUCCUGAAAGUCUUGCUAAUUGUUCUAAGCUUUUUAGGGUCAAUUUGACUUUUAAUCAGUUGACUGGUGGGAUUCCUGUGAGGAUUGUGAAGUCAAAUUCGAUUAAGUUUCUUGCUCUAGGGUAUAAUAAUUUAUCUGGGUCGGUUCCGGAUUCUUGGGGGAGUGGGGGAAUUGGGGUCAAACCGGUUUUUCAAUCGUUGACUUUUGACCACAAUUUGUUGACUGGGGGACUACCGGUUUCUUUGGGAAAGUUGACUGAUGUUGAAGAGAUUUCUUUUGGUCAUAAUCGGUUUAGUGGGAGUAUACCGGUUGAGUUUGGUGGGCUUUUGAAGUUAACAAGUAUUGAUUUGUCUUAUAAUAAUAUUAGUGGAAGUAUUCCCACAAGUUUUGAAAAUUUGACUUUGGUAAAGUCAAUGAAUUUGGCUCAUAAUCAUCUCACUGGAGAGAUUCCAAGUUUCUUAGGUGAAAAAUUGAAUCUUUCUGAGUUUAAUGUGUCUUAUAACAAUCUUUCGGGUUCGGUUCCAAGUCGACUUUCGUCGAAAUUCGAUUCGAGUGCGUUUGUUGGGAAUCUUGAUCUUUGCGGAUACAGUCCUUCGACCGCGUGUCCUACGUCUCCACCGCCUUCUACCGCCCCUUUUCAGCCAUCGAACCACCGAGGGAACGGCAACAAGCUAAGCACCAAAGGGAUCAUACUCAUUGCAGCCGGUGCAGUUAUAGCACUAUUGCUUCUAAUUUGCUGCAUACUCUUAUGUUGCUUGUUGAAGAAAAGGGGGGGAGGGGGUAGGCCGAAAGACGCUGAACGCGGUGGAGGUGAAGGGGGGGCCGCUGCGGCCGCAGCGGGGAAAGGGGAGGCGCCACCGCAGGCCGAGGCGGCGGGGGAGGCAGGAGGGAAACUUGUACACUUUGAAGGUACAAUGGGGUUCACAGCUGAUGAUCUUUUGUGUGCAACAGCAGAGAUAAUGGGGAAGAGUACUUAUGGGACAGUUUAUAAGGCAACAUUGGAAGAUGGUGAUCAAGUGGCAGUUAAAAGAUUGAGGGAAAAGAUAACUAAAAAUCAAAGGGAAUUUGAAGUUGAAGUGAAUUUGCUUGGGAAAAUUAGGCAUCCAAAUCUAUUGGCAAUGAGGGCUUAUUAUUUAGGGCCAAAAGGAGAGAAACUUCUUGUUUUUGAUUACAUGCCCAAAGGAAGCCUUGCUACUUUUCUUCAUGCUAGAGGACCCGAAACACCGGUCGAUUGGCCAACACGAAUGCAAAUAGCGAAAGGAAUGGCUAGAGGUUUGCUUAGCCUCCACACCCAUCACAACAUAAUCCAUGGAAACCUAACAUCGAGCAACGUGUUGCUCGAUGAAACCAUUAACCCAAAAAUUGCGGAUUUCGGCCUGUCACGGCUCAUGACGACUGCUGCAAACUCAAAUGUGAUUGCAACAGCUGGGGCCCUCGGGUAUAGGGCCCCAGAGCUUUCCAAGCUCAAGAAAGCCAACACGAAAACCGAUGUCUACAGUUUGGGUGUGAUCAUAUUAGAGCUACUAACGGGUAAAUCACCGGGAGAGGCGAUGAACGGUGUGGAUUUACCGCAAUGGGUCGCUUCGAUAGUGAAAGAAGAGUGGACUAAUGAGGUUUUUGAUCUUGAACUGAUGAAAGAUGCUUCUGUAAUUGGUGAUGAGUUGUUGAACACGUUGAAACUAGCUUUGCACUGUGUUGAUCCGUCACCAUCGGCUCGGCCUGAGGUCCAGUUGGUUCUUCAGCAGUUGGAGGAGAUUAGACCGGAGACCGCUGCGAGUUCGGGUGAUGAUGGUGGUGCUGGACCUUCAACAAGUGAGUGAAUGAAUGUGGAGGUGUAGGAGGAGAUUGUUAUUAUUAUGAUUCUUUUAUUCUUGAAUUAAGCUCUGGUGGUAUUUGUAAAUAUAAGUUUGCAUUUAAUUUGUUUUAGGGAACUUUUGUGUGGAAUUCUUGAUUCAUUUUGUUCAAUGAAGUGGAAAUUUUGAUGCUCAGA